UGUAAUAAUGUUAACCGAGAUUAAAUACAAACGUAAACAAUAAUAGAAACCGUUCGUUGGCGGUCUGAAUACGGAGGAAGGACUGGUUUCGAAAAGAGCCUAUCAGAGUGUCCGCUUAGGUUGGGACGUUAAACAAACACAACAACGAGGUUGAACUCGUUCAGAACAUUUGAUGACAUAAGAUGGAGGAGACAGUAGACAAAAAGAACCCGGAGACAGAACUACCCGAUAAUAGCAAAAGAGGAAAACGCAAAAGACGAUUACCGGACAGUGAAGGCACAAAAAAGGAACAGCACACGAUGAAGCAGAGAGACAGCUUCUCCUUUGGUGAAGCAGCAGCUGUUAAAGAAGACAAUUUGAGAGAUGGAUUCUACCGGAAGCUCAUAAGUGAUUUCACUGGUCCUCAGUCAGGAGAAGGCUUAGAACUUGAGACCACACCAUGCAAGAACAGAGUUUUGAUUCAAAUCGGACUUCUCAGAGAAGAUCAUUUUUUGUCCUGGGAUGUCGUUCUGAACUGGCUCAAAGCAAUUUUUCCUAAACACAACACAGCACAUUUCCGCCGUUUGAUUGAGAGAGGCAUCACAACAACAAUGAGUCUUGGAAUCGAAGCUAGACGGACCUUUUUGGACUCGGACGUCAACUUUGACUUUGUUGGUCCAAUAUGUGAUAGCAUUGGCGUGGAACGAGAACAUCUGUUGAAAAUGAAGGAUUUUUCAGAGAGAGCACAAUCUGUAGAAGUCACAAAUGGACUGAUUCUGGAGUUAAGCAACUUUAUCGCCAGAGAGCAACUUGCCCCCAUUGUCAUUGUCUCUUGGCUUAGAAACUUUAACCCUGAAUUUUGUAGCACCGGGAAUAUUAAACAGGGAUAUAAAAACCUCAAGUCUCGUUUGAAAAUGUUGAAGAAGUAUUCUUGCCGUUAUGAAACAAAGAGUCAAAGACGGAAUGCUACAAUGGAAAAUUUCCUUCAAAGCCCAUUUGAACUGGUCCAAAAAAGAGAAAUAAAACGUAGAAAGAAAGAUGUUACUAAUAACAACAGACAAGUUAAAAUCAUGGGGGAAUACGAGAGCUUUGAAAUCAUGAAAGUUGACGGCUCCGAGAGCAGAGGAGUCAUUAGGAAAACUGUUGUGAAAAAAGAGAUGAUCUUGUGCAGUGAAGAUGAAGAUGAGGAGGAAGAGCCAAGCUAUGUCACCAAAACCCCAGAGGACAAAGUAGAGGGACUGACGCUGCUGGACAUAACAACGCUGUCUGUUCAAAAGCUGUCAAGUGUGUACGGAGGCAAAACUGCAGCUUGCAAGCAGAUGUCUGAGGAUCUUCUCCAAAACCAGUAUUCUCUGAUGUGCGUGGAACAUCCGGACAUGGCAAUGUUUAAGGACAAAGUCAGCUCAGUCAGUGGGGAACUUUCAAUGGCCCCACCUGUUGCAUUUUUGAACAUGAACGCCCACUUCCUGGUUGACGUGCAUGACGCAAUCGAGCAACACAUUAUGAACUUUGAAAAAGAUGUCAUGUUAUCAACGGGAAACAAGCUGGGCCGCGACAACCUACCCAAGUUUAAGAAUUUUGUGAAUAUGGAAGAGAGCGCCACCUCACGCUACAUUCACAUGGUUUGUGAUAUCAUAUGUCCAGAGAGAUCAGAUUUCCACAACUACAGAAAUCAUUGGGUCGCUUUCUGUGAGGAAAAGAGAAACCCGUCCAGACUGGUUGUGAAUGAGUCAAAUAGAUUCAUUAACUACUUCGAAGUUGCUGCAGGACUCAUUCACCACCACAAGGAGAUCGCUCUCUUUUUCUCAGACUUAAUUGCACUGGACACUAAUAAAUGCCUCAACGUCAUCCUUGAGAGUGUUGCUGCUGAUGCUAAUGAUUCUGUGAUUCAGAGCCUUGUAUGUGUCCUGGCCAUUAUUCACUGCAAAAUCUUGGGACCUUACUGGCAGCUAAUGAAGAGUGAAACAGAAUAUUCUCUGUUCCCAAAGUACCUACUAGGUUUGUACCAAAAGUUCCUGGACUGGUCCAAGGAGUCUGUAGCUUUGCUGGAACCUGAAGAAUUGCUAAAUGUUUUUCUGCUCCAUCCAUUGCAAGAGAAAACCUACAGCGGAGUAUUUGUGUACUGCGGUCAGUGGCACACAAAUCGGGACAUGAUCAGAGCUUGUUUAAAGAGAGCAAUAAAAGUGAUUGCAGCCGUCACUGAGAAACAUCUGAAGGAUUUCCUGCCAGGUGGAAGAUUUUCUCAAGUACCGUCGCCAGAUGUAAGCAGACAACUGGCAAGCUGCACGUUUUCGGUCCUUAUGACAGAAUACCCUCUAAGGCAUGAACAUGGCUGCAAGUUCCUAAAAUGCUCCCCAGAUGAGAACUCUACAUACGAUAGCUCCCUGGAAGAUGAUGUCAAGCCAUCUUUAGGGUCCUCUGAAGAUCUUUUUGGUUUGCAGGAUAGAAAGAUCCCUAACACCAUCCAAAAAGAUGGUGAGAGUGAUAAAAAAAGUAAGGUAAAAAUGUAUAAAGAGUUGUUCGAAGAAGAAAUUGACACUGAUUAUGUGAUAGCUACAGUGCACAGAAAUGGAGGGCCGUGUCUGACGAAGCAAGAUCUCGAUAAAAUGACACUGAGGUUUGACGGCAAAUCCAAGGAAGAGAAACGGGAUGGGUACCGUUGUGAGAUUCUGUACCAGAAAUUAAUUCUCAACAACACAAGCGAACACCUCAACUGUGUUUUUCACAGUAACACACACAUGAUGAAUAAGCUGAGUCUAGCUCUUCCUCGCGUUAAACCUGGAUACUCCAUUGUUCUGGCACCUAGAAAAACAUUUAAGAAGCCUCUUCACCAAAUGUCAUACAAAACGGCAGCUGAAAAAAUACAAAGCAGCAGCGCAGAGGAGGUGUAGUUCUGUAGGUUACUGUUGUUUAAUCGUAUUGAAUUCCAUCAAAUUGUGCCAAUAAAUUACCUUGCCAAACAGUAUGACUACACUCUGCUGCAUGAGUUCAAAGUUGGUUAAUUUAGUUCAGUUUAAAGCCAAAAAAUGCAUCCAAUGGUGAUGCAUAAAAACACAUCCUAUUAAAUAUAGCAGUUUGUUAUUGUUUAAGAGAAACUUGCAAAUUGAAAAACAUUAUUAUUUCUCUUCUUAGUUCUUCUAGUUUAAACAACAACCUUUGUUUUGCCUAAUUUUAGGCCUGAGUUAAGAGCCCACCACAACAUCGAGUCUUUUCUAUUUCAAUCAUGACCAAACUCCUUUGAAAACAGUUAACUGUCUGAGGUACUUACUCCAUGAUCCUGCAGAGGAGCCCUUCGAAUGCAGACCCUUCACUUCCGUCCUCACACGAGUUACUCUAUUAGUAAAAGAAAAUAGAGACAGUAUGUUGUUUUGUGGUUAGCAAGAAGAAAAAAACAAAACAAAGUGCCUUAAAGUAAACUGCUUUUGAAAGAAAA